AUGUAUCAUGGGAUCGGAGGUGGAGGAUCAUACUCGAACCUAAUCCAUGACGAUUAUAGACCGCUCAUGGACGAACUCAAGGAGACAUAUCGCAGGAAGAUUAGGCCACUGGAGACGACGUACAACUUUGAGGGGUUCCAUUCUGCGCCGUUAUCGGACAGUGAUAUCGAGGCCAAACCGAUGGUUUUGCUCCUUGGACAAUAUAGCACAGGCAAGACGACGUUUAUCAGACAUUUGACAGAGUGCGAUUAUCCUGGAUCCCAUAUCGGCGUCGAACCAACAACUGACAGGUUUGUGGCGGUGAUGAACGGGGUCGAGUCGCGUGUGAUCCCCGGAAACGCAGCUGCUGUGACAGCAGACAUGCCCUUCCGAGGUCUCAAUAAAUUCGGCCAAGCGUUCCUGACACGCUUCCAAGUCUCCCAAUGUCCCUCCCCUGUCCUCGAAAACAUGACCCUCAUCGACACGCCCGGCAUCCUCGCCGGCAACAAACAACGCAUCGAACGCGGCUAUGACUUUACAAAGACGAUCGAAUGGUUCGCAGAGCGCGCGGAUUUGAUCCUGCUGUUUUUUGAUUCACAUAAACUCGAUAUCUCGGAUGAAUUCAAGGCGUCGAUCCACUCACUCAAGGGUCAUGAGGAGAAGGUGCGAGUGAUCUUGAACAAGAGCGAUAUGGUGAACCAGCAGCAACUUAUGCGUGUCUAUGGCGCGUUGAUGUGGUCCCUUGGCAAGGUUAUUCAGACACCCGAGGUCAUACGCGUUUAUCUGGGUUCAUUCUGGCUGCAUCGGCCAGCGAACGCGUUCGAGGACUGCCGUGGGCUGUUGGAUGCAGAGCAGGCCGAUUUGGUGAGAGAACUCCGAGACCUCCCACGCAACGCCGCGAUCCGCAAGGUGAACGAGAUCGUUAAGCGUGCACGACUGGCCAAAGUGCAUGCGUAUAUUAUUGGUCAUCUCAGGAAAGAAAUGCCCACCGUUUUUGGCAAGUCCACUCGACAGCAGGAACUGAUCCGUGAUCUCGACAAGGAGUUUUUCAAAGUCCAGCGGCUCUACAAUAUCCCAGAAAGCGAUUUCCCUAAUGUCGAAAAGUUCCGUCAGUCCCUGAGGGCUUACAAGUUCGAGAGCUUUUCCAAGAUCAAGGAUCCGAUCCUGGCAGCCGUCGAGGAGGCACUUUCGAUGGACCUGCCGAAGCUGAUGCGUCGAUUCCCCCAGGGCAAUCCGCUUCUGGAACAAGCGCAGAAGAAUCCCUUCCUCAACACAGAAGCCGAUCUGAGCGGUGGUGAGAUUCCUCCGAGCUAUUGGCACUUUUCGUCGGUCGACAAGGCCAGUUCGAUGCCCCUGUUCAUGUUGCUCCAUCCGGUUGAGGGACGGAUCAAUGGCUCGACUGCAAAGCCGUAUCUCAUGAGCACAGGUCUGUCAACAGAGGUCCUGGCCAAGGUCUGGACACUGGCAGAUUGGGAUGCGAAUGGAUAUUUGGACGAGAACGAGUUUGCGGUGGCAAUGCAUCUGGUCCGCGCGGUCGAAAAUGGAGGCGAGGGCGUGUUGCCAGAGACCUUACCUCGAACCAUGAUUCCUCACGUUUAA